AUGGAUUUCAGUUAUGUUGAAUUCCCGAGCACGGUGGACUUGAACGUUCUAAAGGCAUAUGUCGACCUAAAAAAGUGUAAACUACCCCAAAUUCACGGAUUGUCGUGGCAAGAUGCUGGAGGAUAUCAAGUCCUUACAAAUCAACCGAAAAGUUUACGCCAUUUGGUGUUGGAUUCUAUAGCUAACAAUUGGAAUGAAACCCCUAUCCUUGAAGAAGUGCCACGAAAGGAGGAUCGUAAUUACAUUGUAAAUAACUUGGAUGUAAAUCUUCCAUUAAAGAUUUUAAGCUCACGCAUUCAAGAUGAGUUCUUUUGGCGUAAAAUCUAUCAACACCGUUGGAAAACACUCUAUUACAAGAAAUACAACAAUAACGCUGAGCAACCCCAUCAUCAUCAGCAUCGUCAUCAAGCAAAUACAAAUGAAACAAAAGGAAAAAAAGCAACAAGAAAGCCCUGGAUUAACAUUUACAUGGAAAGGCAUUUGGAAGAGUUUAUUGAAAAUGUAACAACAACUGAUUACGAGCAGGAAAACGUUCAGGCGACAUUGGAUAUUUGUGCGACGUAUAUAAAUCAACUGGAGAUAAACUAUUUACAAACCAGUAUGGACGGCCAGCAUGAUCACAUUCCACUUGAUUUCAUUUUAAGCAAUCUACCGGAAUUGCAUACAUUACGCCUGACAUAUUGUACAAAGACAAUAGGCAUGAAUUUCUAUUUAGGCUGCAACGUAUUAUCACAACGUGAUACGUUACUAUUAGCACGUGGUCUGAGCCGUUGUCAUGAGCUACUGUAUUUCUGUUUCCACAACACAAAACUGGAACCGCAUCAGUUGCGCCUCUUCGCUCACAGUCUUGAUAAGGGUUGUCAUCACCUUAACACUCUAGCUUUACCGCACUGCGCUUUAGGUGACGAAGGCAUACGUCAGUUUCUAGAUGCUUGCCAUAGCGAAUCCUUUAGUACUUUGAAAUGCCUCGACUUAACUAACAAUAAGUUAUCUGCUGAAGGAGCCUACAUUUUGAGUGGUGUCAUCAAAGAUCUAUCAUUGGAGGAAUUGAUAUUACGCCUAAACCCCAUAGGAAGUAACGGUGCAACAACUAUUUUCUCUAUCUUGGACUGUUUGCCUAUAAAAAAUCUCGAUAUUUCCGGCUGCUUAUUAACGGGCAGCAUUACAAAAUCAUUCAUGCAAUUAGUUGUUACAAAUAAAAGCCUUAUCUGCAUUGAUGUAUCCAACAACGUCUUGGGAAAGGACUUUGGCAAACAUUUAAUGAAAGUAAUUGGUUUUAAUCGAAAAAUAAUGAACAUCGAUUUACAUAACACUGGGUUAACGCAAGAACACCGCAAUCAAUUCAAGGAAUUUUUGAGACAAAAUUAGCCUAGUUCCAUCUACAGCGAGGACUCUCUUAGUUAAAAUCAUAUUUUGUCGUCAAAUCAAAGUAAGGAAUACUGUUACAACAUAAGAGGAUAAAAAAGCUUGUAAAUAUUUGUUAAGUGCUGAG